GCGGAGCAGCUGCUGUAUGAGCACUGGAGGAAAAACAACGCCGAGCUCCGGGAGGUGGAGUCGGAGCUGCACAGAAAGCACGUGGUAGAGGCUUGGGGUGAUCAGCUCAUGCAGAAAACCAAGCGAGAAGCAGCGGAACUUGAAGAGAAAAAACGUUGUGAAAAUGAAUAUGAAACUGCACGAAGGGAAGCGCUGGAAAGAAUGCGACAAGAGGAAGAGAGGCGUCGGCUGGAAGAGAAGAAGCAAGCGGAGACGUUGCUGCGACAAAUAGAAGAGCUGAAAUUACAGGAGACAAAGGCAACAAAGCUGAAAAAAGAACAAGAGAAUUUACUGAAGCAGCAGUGGGAGCUGGAGAACUUGGAAGAAGAAAGGAAACAAAUGGAAGAGCACCGGAAGAAGAAAGAGCUUGGUCGCUUUUUGAGGCAUCAGUGCAACGCCCAGCUAACAAGACGAGCCCAGCAGGUACAAGAGGAGCUGGAGGCAGACAAGCAAAUCUUACUAGCCCUCCUCGAGAAAGAAGAUGAGGAUCAGCGCCGCCAGUCCGCGCAACGAGAACGAGCCGUUGCAGAUGUUGCCUGGAUGAAACGUGUCAUCGAGGAACAGCUCCAGUUAGAAAGGGAGAGGGAGGCAGAGCUGCAGACUCUUUUUAGAGAAGAAGCUAAAAAAGUGUGGGAGAAGAGGGAAGAAGAAUGGGAAAGAGAGAAGGCGGCCAGAGAUCGCCUGAUGAAUGAGGUCCUUGCAGGCCGGCAGCGCCAGAUCCGAGAGAAGAUGGAGUUAAACAGACGAGCCCAAGAAGAGUCUAUAAAGUAUCGAGAGCAGCUGAUUAAAGAACUCGAAGAGGCAAAAGAACUGACGAGGCGCGAGAAGGAGCAGGAGGAGGAGCUGAAGACAGCCCGCAGGCAGGAGCUGGAGGCGCAGCUGACAGAGCGCCGCGUCCAAGAACGGGAGGAGCAGCAGCGCCAGAGGGAGGAGGAAGAAGAGGCGAGGUCAGCCCGGCAGCGCUGCGAGGAGCUGGUGCGGCAGGAGGCCAAGCGCGUGGCUGAGCGAGGCUAUCGCAGCGGGCUCUACGGUUACCCCAAAGCAGCGUGGACCUGAGGAAGGAGCUCGAAAUGCAGUUGCAGACCACAGGAAGAACAUGUUGAAGAAUCGAGGAACUCCUGAAAUACCGGUGGCUUUGGAGCAGCCUGCAGUGAGACUCAACUCCGUAGAUUUCUGAAAACACUCAGCUGAGCACAAAAGCACUGGCUUUGGGGUGGCGGCGGUGUGCGUGUCCUCCGAGGACUGACUGGUGUCGCUGACUCCGCGUGCGGGACGGCUGGUGAUGUAUUUCAGCCCGUGCUGCGGGAAUGUGGCAAAUAACCGGGCCCUUUGGGUCUAACAGCGGACAAAUCCCUGCCCGUCGUAGCCACAGGACGCACCUAGAGGCCCAGAUGGAUUUUGGGAGUUGCCUUGGGUACGAUAGAUAACGUGUGCUGUGGCAGUGGUUCCCAACGUGCCCGGUGCCUCUCCAGAAGGUGCUGAAGACUUCAUUUUUUUAACUUAUUUCAUAAAUAAUGAAUAAUUGCAGCCUGAACCAACUGUUUGUUUCUUUACGUGAGCAAACUGCUGCAAGAGGAGUUGAGUUUGAGGCGGUUAUCGCGCCCGAUCCCUUGCUCUCACCGUAGACAGCCCCAGUUUAAAGUCGGUCCAGGCGCUCCCGCUGGCGCGGUGAGAGCCGCUCAGCACCACAGGCUCCUCUGCCAUCAGAACCUUUUCAGGAGCUUCUCUUUACAGACCCAGCAGUCAAAUAACCCCAAAUGAUUUUGCACACUGAAGGAGUUUUAGCAUUUUAUAGUAAUUCAGUAAACAAAACGAUUAAGUCAAAAUAUUGUACAGACAGAAUGACACUGAUAAAUACAAGUUUUGGAAAAAGGCAAACCAAUUUUUACUUUCCUAUGCAGCAUUUUGUAAAGAAGAGAAGAGAUCUCGUCAGAAAAGAAAACAAACCCACAACCCAGCGUUGUUAUUUCAGGUGUCACAAACCCCCUGCCCCGCAGCGCCUACGAUUCGCGGGCUAACCGAGGGAGGGCUCUCCAGUUCCACGCCGCCCGGUUGUGGGCAGAGCUGACCUAGCGCUGCUGCUUUUUACUGAGCACCUCGGAACGUGCCCUGUCCUGCGUGACAGUCACCCUGGUUCUGGGGUGGCGACGCAGCGCGACCGUACCCAACCCAGAACAACCGUUUGUUGGGAGAAACCAGGCGACCAGAAACGCCGGUUCAGGCGACAGAAGGGGAAAUGGGUGCCGGGUCGGCUGCGUUUUUAUAGCUUGGCCUUCCAACGAGCAAAAUGAUUGAUUUUUGGGAAAAUCUGGAGCUAGCGUAGCUGGAACAAGGGCUUGCAGUUACCAAAGCAUCCGUUUUGGUACAGAGGCAAGUUUAAACAACUGAUAGCUUACACCAUAACUCGGUUACCCUGCUUUGGAAGCUGGGUAAGAUAUGUUAAAGAAAAGCACACAAGGAUGUCCUGAGAGAUUUAAAAAUACCAUCCACUGCCUUUUGAUGAUGCCAAUUUAAGGAAAAGUUCCUAGAGGAUUAUCAAGGUAUUUAAUUGCCAGUAGCAUAAUUUUGAAGUAGGUUUGACAAAUGUCUUUUGGCAGGUCUAAUCCCAGCCUGUCCCCACUCCUGUGAGCUGAGAGACAGCUCUGCAAUUCCAAAUGCAGGAAGGAAAUAAAAACCCCUGCAGUGCAGAGCAUUUAUUGUUCUCCUGGUCGUCACCUACUCUCUCCCUUCCUUCCCUCCCUCCAACCUGUGCCACUCUGAGAAGGGAGCCAACGACAGCAUCCAUGGGCGUUACGGCGCUCGGUGUUUAUAUACAGAUGCAGACACAGCGUGGUUCGAAAAGGAACCGACCCCUGACCUUCAGCUCGGGUGUUCACCUCGCUAUGGCAGUUUUUCACCAGGACGCCCUGAAGAGGUGGGGGCUUUGGCAGGCGGCAUCAGCCGCUUCCGACGCGGAUGUUUCUGUGAGGAGGGUCUAAACGUUCCCAUCCACAGCUGCCCCGCGACAGCCGCUGCUGUUCUGUAACUUUGCUCUUAACUAAAAGACAACAUUAAGUGGCUGCCAGCUGAACUGCCGCGGCCAGCUCCCGGGAAGUGACAACACGCUUCCAAACGGGACACCAGCACAGGCAAACAGUAGUGAUUCCCCCGUCCCCUGCUCCCGCCCUGGAAUUUAGAUUCCCCAAGAACUCUCGCUUUGGAAAGCAUGGACUGACACGGUUUUGUGAACUGUUAUGAAUGAAAAAAAACCCUGAAACACCCACUGACAUUUGCCACCCACCUUCCCUUCUGACCGGCAGCCUGGCCUGGGUUACGCCACAUGUAGGCUGUAACAUUCCGAAGGAUUCGCAGAAAACUUACUAGAUAUGAGAAAUCUUUUCACAUUUGGAUAUGUUGAGGUACAGAGGUUAUGUGCUAUGGCAGCUGCAGCCGCUUUGGCACUGGCACGCAUUCUGACUUCCUUUUCUGCUUUUGAAUUAUCACAGGAAGCUUUAGUGAAAUUGCAUCUUGAGUUACUGAGCAACGCUGCUGCCAACAAGACGGUGCCUUGAAGGUGACAGUAAAAUUCUGUAGGAAACUUAAGAACAAAGUAUUAAACCAGAAACAAAGGAUAAUAUUUUAACCACUAAUGCCCUAAAAUAAUAUCAAACAUAUAUUAAUGGCAUAGUGACAACUAAAGGAAAUGACUAUUAACGUUUCAAAUUCCUUCCAAAACAGAUAAAGUGACAAAGACCUUGUAUAGUUACACGUAAUAAGCUCGGAUGCCCACAACUACUAUUGUUUUAGCUGACUAAAACCAUUAUUGCACAACAGUUGAUAUGGGAACAGAUAAUACUCGGCUCGCGCCCCGUCACCAGGAGUGCGACCCUCUUCCUGCUGGGUAGCAGUUACGGUCCCGGAGCCUUUGGAGCCCGUUUCGCUGCAGGGUUCUCAGCCCAGCAGCAUCAGGGCACGCGAGGCUCCAGGACGGAGAGCGCAGAGGUGCGGUUCUGCCCUCGGAUCCGCGCAGCUGACUUCGGCGGGAGUUUUGCAAGCAAUAUCUGAAAGCAGAACGUGGCCCCGAGGAAACAUCUAGCAAGAGCUCAGUACAACGCUGGUACGUGAUAAUGGCUCAACAGCUAUUUGCAACAUGCUAUUAAUCUGUAACUAAACUGGCAACACAGGCACAAAAUAAGGCAGUGGGUUAAAUUAAUCAUAAAAUUGUUAGAAAACAUGCAAAAAUAAUACUGAGUUUUUAAAAAAAAAAAAAAAAA